CUAUCUUCUGGACCAGAUGAAAAUGGAGGUAACGAGUGCCGAUCAGUCCAUCAAAACGUUCCAAACAGAUAUCAAGUUGCUGGUAAGUAUCCCAUUUGUUUAUCAAGAGAUAUGCCUCGUGUCCAACCUAUUUAUCUGAUCACAUUGUACGGUAUGCACGCACGUCAAUUCUCUUUCACCUCUUCCAAUUUUUAGCGAGACAAGAACAAGGAGCUGGAGGCCAAAAACAGAGAUCUAGAUGGAAAAUUGCGCGAAGAGCAGGCACUCAGAGAGAAAGCCGAACUACGGAACAAGGAUCUUUGGAAGAAACUGAGAGAAGCAAUGGAGGAGAUAAAAGCCAGCAAACAACAGCCACAGGAAGAAGCUGAAGGCUCUGGUCGAGGAAAUGGUCAGGUAGUUCCAGAGAAACCUGUCAGUGGUACCGUUGCGGUCGAAAUGAAACCCCCAGCUUCAGUCAAGGUCCCGCAAACAGCCAUCUCCAUAAACGGAGCUUCGCCAAUUCGACACACGAUUUCGAGCGAUUCGACGCCUCAAAAUCCCGUUCCAAAGCAAUUGCCCAACCCGAUCACACCGAAAUCCAAGGGUUCAAAAGGAAUAGGUUCGAAAGCCUACACGCCGAAAAUCGACCUCGGCCUGAAAGAAAAGCCUGACCAAUUGAACGGAUCCGAUGCCGUUAGAAGGCUCAGUAAAUCACAGAAUUUUGCCAAGGAAAUUGAUACGAAGAACGCUGCCUCCACAAUCGACAGUUCGGUGCCAUCCAAUGGGAUCAAGGACGGCAUCUCCACCCACCAUAGACGGAACGAAAGCCUGUCCACAACGUCCACACCACCGUUGAUACCGCCUCUGCGACCCUCGAUGACAGCUUCGAAAUCUUCUGGCCAAUCCAGUCACAAGCACAGCCAAAGUCUCCACAAUCUGCACGAGUUUGAUCCACUGAAGUCUACUGUUAUAUCCUUUCCUACGUCUGUUUCACUCGAGAACCUGCCUGUCAAAAACCCAUCCACAUCCGAGAGCACCUCAAUACCACAUCAGUUGGGUAGCACGUAUAUGAGUCAAAAUCCGUUGGUGGUGCCCCUUACCAUUGGAAUGACACAAACCGCAGUAAGCAGCAGCGAUGGAUCAAUCGUGCAUCACCAAUCUCCGAUGACCGAACGACAGGGUUUUGUCACGAACGAAUAUGGCGGAUUGCACCAACAGCAAUUCAUGGUCGUACCACAGCCACAACCCAUCGUAUUCAAUCAAAUGGGCGGUGGAAUGCAGCAACAGAUAGUAGACAACACUUAUCCAACGCAACUACGAGCAAAUGCAUUGCGGAGCCAACCUUUGCAUCACCACUUGCACAACCAGUCACACCAGCACUUUCAGCAACACACCACACAGCAACAAAUGCAUACAAAUCCAGUGAACGACUUUGAUCCAUUUUCGUGAUUCCUGAAUGAAUAUCGAGCUCCGAGUCUCCAGAAUGCGACUAAAGUCUCAAUCUUUUC